CCGGGCCAGGGCUGCGCGUCAAUUGGGCUUCCCCAGCUGUGGGCUCCCUGGGUCAACCAAUGUGCCCCCACUUUUGCAUCUGCCGACAACGAGGGGUUCGGUGAAUCGCCCACGCUCUCAGACUCACAACACAACCCAGCCAUAUACACUACGCUAUGGAACCCUUUGACCAACCGCCAAGAUGCCUGCCCCAACCCUGGAUCAGGUCAUCUUCCCCGAGCCAGUUCACCACAACCUGUCACGCAUCCUAGGCGAUCUCAAGCGGUCCAACUUGUCCAUUACGAACCGGUUACGGUCGAUAAGCCAGGAUGCCGCUUUUGUCGAACAGGUCGCGGAUGCGCUGAGACUGCCGUUGAUUGCGAAUGAGCGAUGCGGCAGUUGGUAUAUUGACCCUGCGCGCAAGGCCGGGUCCGCGUACUUUAAGAGCACCGAUGGCCAUACGGGGCAGUGGAAGUUCAGCCUGAGGAGGCUGAACUUGCAUUUGCUGCCGUUGAUUGGGGAAAAUAAUGGCAUCAUCAUAGUCGAUUCGACCCGCCGAGGCAAACGUAUGCCCGACGCGCUCAGCAAGACCGUGCCCACCUGGUGCGCCGUCCUCAACCGCGCCCUCUUCCCCUCCCUGGCGGACUCGCACGAGCUCUACACGCCGCCCAACGCGGUCUCCGCCUCGGAGGCCUCCCAGAUCGCCGCCCUGCUCCCCGCCUUCGUCUCGUCCUUCCUCUCCCUGCAGCUCGACCUCGCGCCCCUGCGCGCCCAGCUCGGCGGCCGGCCCCUCCGCCCCUUCUGGGUCACCCAGGAGGACGACCUGUCGGUCCUUGCCGACGGGCCCCUGGGCGCGGCCCACCGGCGCCGCGACGGCGACGGCGACGGCGACGGCGACCUCGCCGGCUUCCACCCGGUCGUCUGCUGCACCGCUUCCAGGCGCGUCGUCGGCACCGGCACCGAGGCCGCCGAGGCCGGGGGGUACAUCCAGGGCGCCGGGGAUGACACGGAGAAUUGGGCGCUCGGGUUGACGGCGGGGAUCUUUUGGCGCUGGAAGGAGGAUCUGCUUGCCGCCGGGGAGGGGGAACUCCCGGACUUGAUUGGGGAGUUGGUCGCGAGGGAGGACCGGGAGAGGAGAAGGGGGGAAGGUGGCGUACUGAAGGAGGUGGUCAAGGGGAAGGGUCUCUUUGUCGGCUUGUUAGGGGCCGAGGUGGGGGAGGAGGCCUGCGUAGUGAGGCUCGUCCCGAAGGCGACGGCGCGGGAAGGAUGGGUCAAGGGGAAGAGGUGUCUGGAGGUGGGGAUCGGGAAGAGCAGGGCGGCGAGCCGGCUGUUGAGGGAUGCGCUAGGGCAGGUUUGUGAGUUUGUGUUGGCGUACCUGAGGGAGCCGGACCCGGUCGGGAAGGAUGCACCCCAAAAGAAGGCAGUGGUGGUGCUCUGCGAGACCGGAAAAGACUUGUCGGUGGGCGUUGCUCUGGCGAUCUACUGCUGGUGCUUCGACGACGCCGGAAACGUGCGGGAAGACGACGGCACGGAGGUGUCGUUCAACAAGGCUGGCAUCCGGGUGAGGCUGGGGCACAUCGUCACCGCAUUCCCGGAGGCCAACCCCAACAGAGCAACGCUGCAGAGUGUAAACAGUUUCCUGAUGGAUUGACGGAAGUAGAUAAAAAUUCAAGGUGACCGACAAGAUCAGGAAGACGAACAAAAAAAGAACAAGGUACCCAACUCUUCGCUAUGU